UUGAAAAGCAAUUUUAGCUUUUCACGUUUCCGCCUUUAGGACGUCGAGUCGCUUAACCGUGUUCGAAACUAUGCUUACGAGAAUUUUGCCGCCCGAUAGAACCACUGUUUUCGCUGUCUGAAAUAGUGACAUGGAAAGAUCGCCCGAAAAAUCGGCCCUUUUAUCGACAAAAGUACACAGUUUGGAAGCGAAGACGGCAAACCCUCGUCAACAUUUCGCCCAUGAGGCUGUAACAACAAACCCGAUCAUCCGCCAACUCAAAGCGUUUUCUUCACAAUCUACGCUGGAAAAUGGUUCCAAUUCUGCAGGCUUUCCUUCAUCAGAAGUGGGCAUCGCGAGAAAUUCGGAGUUUAUUUCUCCCUUACAAGCGCAAUAUUAUUCACCAACCGUGCCGAGUGCAGCGAUCCCCAUGAGUCUUCCAUACGGGAUGUUUACGGGACAAGGCAUGGACCCGCGGGCGCUGAGCGCGGGAAAUUUUCCUUACGCGUAUGGUAACCCUAUGAUCUACUUUCAAAACUUUGCAACUGGUUACGGACAUACGCAACGAGGCAAAAACAGCGAAGAAACAACAGGGUCUGACAAAAGCAACAAUCCAUCGUCUCAGUUAAGAUCUACUGAUGCACUCGCCCGCUCUACUAAGGAACACAUGCGAACUGAAAGUGUUAUUAAAACGGUAACAGACAAACAGGACACUCCAAAAAAACAAAGCGAUGUAGACAAAAGAAUCUCGGCCGAAGCCCAAGGUUCCAGUGUUCCUCUGAGAUAUCCUGACAGAGGAAAAGGAAAUGAAGUUGGUAAUUCGGAUGACGGAAGAGCAAAAGGACCACUAUUGCGUGACAUAUCGUUGCGUGACGCUUCAGGUAACGAGGACUUGCCCCGCCGUGACAAACAAUCGACUGUAGGCGAAUACGACCGGACGCGCGAUAAACUUCCGAAGGCGAAAGGAUUCGAACAUUUAGCAGUUGAUUCUAAUGGAAAUAAGAGACCCACGAAUGCUGCUUCUUUCUCUUCGUAUGAAAAAGGCUACACUUCUGAAGCGCGCUCUUCGCCGUAUCCCGCCAACGAACCGCCCACUCUAGUUCCGUAUCACAACGCUUUGCCUCCAAAAACUUCUUCAAAUACGACGCACUCAAAUGUCCCAUCGACUAUGCCGAAACUCACCCCUAUUGCGCCGCGCAUAAGUAAUGAUUCACCACUGACUGUGCCUCAUUCAUCCGAGUCUGAGCAUAAAAGUUCUUCGUAUGCAGCUUGGAGGCCAAACUAUACUCAUCUCUCGAAUUCUGCUCCAGUCAUGACGAGUCAUGGUAGUACUGUGUCUUGGACCGCCAAUUACCCUGGGGUGAAGCAAGCCUCGGGGGAUAAGACAGAAGAAAACGGUUGGCGUGCUAAACAACCCACUAGGGAUGAACGUGAUCAGAAUUGGACAAGUGGUUAUGAAAAUGCUCAGAAACAUGCUGCGAGGAAUUUUUAUUCAAUGCAACCAUGGGACCGACAGGCUUACUACGGAACACUUCCACCGCAAUUGCGCGCCAGUGGCGUGACGGAUAAAGGUUUUGGCGGGAAAGACGUUGAAGAAGAUUCGCGGGAUGUGUUACGUGAUUCGUCACGUGAUUCGUCACGCGACAGUAUGACCUCCGCUGAGCAUCUGCAAGCUAAACUUACAAAAGCCACUUAUAAGUUCGGGUCAGGACAGUCGAGCUUACGAAAAGAAAACGAUUUUGGCGGUGGUAAGAUUCCGAUAGGUGCCAACAACGACGAUUAUCAGAGAAGCCAGCCGUUUAGUAGUCGGAACGAGAAGUCGGUUGUGGGAGAGUACGUAAAUUACAAUAAUAAAAGUGAAGAUGGGAAAGGAAGUAACUUUGUCGUUGUGAAUAGCAAGGAGGGUUCUUUCCGACUCUCAGUGGAGAGACGUGAGGGAAACCAGAAAUACCCGAAGUAUGAAGUCGUUAAGACUUCUAGAAUGGAAGAAAACAGACUCUCGAGUAGUUAUUACAAUAGUCACGAUAGCCGAGACUUGAAUGACUCAUCUUUGAUUGGGAUUCCGCGCGCGGAGCUUAAAUCGGAAAAUGAAAAGGAGGGCGUUGAUCGUGCGAGGACCGUUGAUUACUCUCGCGGGAAAGACCAAAGUUCUUACAAAGAACACGCGGGACGGAAGUCGGAUUCUCGCGAACUUACGUCAGUGGGCGACGGCAAGAAGAACAAUGACCGUAAUAACAAUAGCACUUCCCUGAGUGGGUUUCCUUUCUUAAAGUGUAACACAGUUCCGAACGGUGAACAAGCAAGAUAUGUUGAGCGUAGCGGACCUUUACGAGAUAAAGUAUUUGUUCCUCCGAACGCCACGUUUGAAAUGUACGAGAGAAGGGAGCAGGAAAUGGAGAAAAAUGGCUUCAGGAAGUCCGAUAUGGCCACAGCAUUUUCUAGAAACUUAGUUGAGAGUAAUCGUUUGUCGAAACCAGCCGAGGAAGGAGUGAAAAGGACUGAGGAGAGGAGAAACCUUCCAAGGCAAGAUGAUACGAAAUCAAAGUUGCCCACAGGGCGAUUUGAAAGCGAAAAACGGGCUGAACCAGAGGAAAUUACAUCGGAUAAUAGCGAUGAUAGAUCGAGGCAGUUGUCUAGGGAGUCAGCUUCUCCGGAUAAAAGAGCUCAGCUUCGGGUUCAGCAGUCCUCUGAUAAGGUAGCAGUGUCUUCAGCAGCUGGUGAUGUUCGACAGCGUCGGCUGUCCUCCCCCUUAUCCGAACAGAGGAACACCACCGCGCCAUCGACCGCUUACGGAGCCUCUAUGGCGCCUGGUCUUCAAAGUAGGAGAGCAGCAAAUGGCGGCAGUGAAGGGCAUUCACGGGAGUCCGCUGUAGAAUCCAGUUUGUCAGGCUUAGGAAACCAGGCAGCCGCCCAGUUUCUUAGAAUGGACGGUGGUGCUUUUCCCAACCCUUACUUUGCUUCAAUGCUGGCGGCACCGCAAGGUAUGCCGGAAACGCCAUUCCUGGUGCUGGAUCCGUCAAUGUACAGUGGGAUGUACCGUGCACCCAUGAUGGAGGCUGCCGCACCCGGAAUGUUCCCACCUGGAGCCUUCGCUGACCCAGUAACAGGAUCAAUUAUGGUUCUUCAUCCAGAGAGUUAUGUUCCCGUUGUCGCAGCCGAGAACGCGGCGUUUAUGAUGGAUCCGCGGUUGCACGGAAUGUGGCCACAUUUGGACGAGGCCCAGUGGCAACAGUUCUGGCAAAUGAUGCCGGCGUACCAACAACAACUAAAACAACAGCAACUUCAUGAACGAAGCAAACAAGAGUUGCUGUUCGGUAAACAAGCUUCUCAGUUUCCUUUUUCGGCUUAUCCGUUCUACUAUGGUGACAAGCCCUUUGAUCCACAGCGCAAGGGUGAAAGCCAGGAGGGAAAGUCUACCAGCCAGCAACAAAAAAUCCGGGAUGUAAAGCAGGAACAACCAGAAAGUCAAUCCAAAGAACCAGCUGCCAGAUCGAAGCCUGAAGCCACCGCACCACAAGAACACGCGCAGCGCAUGCCUGUGUCACGUGACAGUGAAAGUCACGUGAUCGGUCAGCAGCAGGAGACGUCCAAUCCGCGUGAAGAGAAAACGGCUUUAAACAACCGCUGGCUGAAAGAGGUCCACCAAAAGCUCACAGAGAAGCAAAAAGCUGUUCAAGCUAAAAUAGAUGACCAGGAACAGCUCGCCAAACAAAUUAAAGAUUACUUAUCACUCGAUCCGGCUCAGUUUCCAUUUUCGGGAUCUCAGUCCUCGUUUUUCAGAGAUUUUGCAAAGGUUAACCUAACAGUUCCGGUGACUACCACUUCCUCUCGGACGCAGGAAGUUAGUCGUGAUAGCGCCUCUCCAAAAACUGUUUCUGCCGCCGUCACGUUGUCCAGCUUGGAAAAAGGGCGCGGCGAAGAAUCCCAGAGGGCCGCGAGAGGCACACCUCCUAUAAAGACUGACCAGAACGGCGUUGUGGACCGCGUCAAAUCCCCUAGGCCACACCCUUCUGCAGAGGCAGUCAUAACUAAAGAAAUAGUGGAAACUCCACGAAGAUUAGAGGCACAACCCAACCUGGUGGGUGAGAGGGUUGUAUCGCGAGAAAACCGUGAAGCUCCCGCGGGACAGAUUCCCUUACAGUUUCCACAGAAGAUGAUGACAUAUGAAAAUGUUUCAUCUGAACGGCUUGUGAACGAGAAACCUGACCUCGAUUCGGGAAGAGGGAGGCUGGAAGACUCAUAUAGGGCUCACGAUCGUGGACUUACUGCAAGCUACAACGAAAUUAACCGCAAUGUCUCCGAAGAAGACUUGGCAACAAACUUGGAAACUCACUUGUCGAGAAGGAAACACUGUCAAAGAGUUGACUCUUAUGGAGAGUUGAAUUCCUUUGCCAAAACAGACUAUGAUCGAGGUGAAAGGGGACUGCGCCUGGCUGAAUUUACAUUUCGAGAAAGUUUGGACUCAUUGGAGGAUAAUAGGGGUAAUCUUCGAGCCUUGAUGACACGCGAGAAAAUAUCACCUUCCCACCAACUGGAUAGCGAUUCUGAGUUUGAAGAUGACGACUUUAACGCCAAGUGCGAACUUCGUAGAAUCGCUUCAUCUUUUGUUCCGCUUCAAACCGACAGCGAAAACAAAGAGAACUCCACGAUCUUCUCGCUCAGGCCGUUCAGAUCCGAAGCCGAACGGAGAAAGAUACGAGAGAAUAUCGAUCGCCUUCGGUCCAUGGCAAAACGGCGGAAUAGUAAAGACCGAAUUACUGUGUUCAGUCGUCGGAAAGAUCUUCGGAGUCCGACGACGAUUUUGAACAGUGUGACGAGCGCUAUCAGCGAUGUAGCGGGGGUGGAGUCUGUGGAAAAAGAAAUGCGGAUGAAAUUAGCGGAGUUACAAAAGAAGUACAGGGAGAAAAUGAGAGAACUUGCCCGACUGCAACCCAAAUAUGGGGCAGAAGAUGGAAAAUCGACCCCAAUUAAAAGAGGCCCUGGAAGACCCCGGAAACGGAAAUACUUCGGCGCAGGUUCCAAGGGAGACAAGACGUCCCCAGUACCCACGGGCGGAUACAACAAAGAAGACGAAGAGCACCAAUCAGUCAUUGAGGCCCACUCCCCCGAUAACGCUGGUCCAAGUGACACUGAGAGCCUGGUGUCUAAGGAAAGCGAACCUCCUAAGAAGAAGAAGAAAAGAGUCAAACAGAAGACUUCGACAGAGCGGGAUAGCCGCGGGUCAGCGCCACCUUCCCGCGGGUUGAGUCCAACAGAGUUUCCUGAUUUUCCGGCACCUGCUGUAAAAAAAAAGAAAUCUCGCAAGCCAACUGCUGCGGAUGAAGAGUCUGACCUACUGCUUCCCAAAAACAAAUCCAUUAAUACGAAGAAGAGAGAAACUGGUGCGGGCAAGCGACGUAAAGGAUCGCCAACGAAUGAUACCGUCGACCAAAAGAGCGUUUCACAACUACCAAAUGCUGCCCGUGUACCCUCCCCAAAAGAACUCGAGAAUAGCGCCGAUUUUACCAAAGAACCAAAGACCCUAACCAAAAACACAAAGGCCAAGAAACCAAAACCGAAGAAACGAGCGAGACCGAAGCUUACCAUUGAGGCUCCCGAAGUCUACGAAGACGAUCGAACUGAGGAAGACUUACCGCCCGGCUGUGCGGAUACGCCGUGCGAAACUCCGGGUGGUCCUUCACCGAACAAGGGCAAGAAAAGUAAGGCUGCAAACAAGAAACGAAAGUCUACUGCAACUACUCCUCCCAAAACAAAAUUUGAGUUCCCGGAAGUGACGUCACAAGAUGAAAGCUUCUCCGAAAACAGUAGUGUAUCUCCAAACGAUAUUGCAAAAGAGGUUGCUGCCAUAGCCGCCAGAAAGCAAUUGGAGGCAGCGCAGAAAAACACCAGGGAGGCGUCUAGUGACGUUGAUGACGAGGUGUUUGCGUCAAAUCACGAUGAACGAGAUGGUUUGAAUUUGUUGGCGUUUGCAAGCAUCGAUAAAACGGCGAAACGAAGACGAUCUGACGCUCAGUCGCCCUCUGAAGACCUUUCGUUGAAGAAGAGAGGGAGACCCAAGAAACCCUCAGAGUCUCCGACCUUCGAUUCAGAAGCCCUUGUAACGCCAAAGAAGAAGAAAAAGAAGAAGAUAGCAGUUGAUCAGGAAUCCACGAAAGAGCCGAAAAAGAAAAAGAAGAAAAAGAAGAAAGAAGCUGUACCAAAAGAAGAAAGCGUCGAAGAGAAGCUUGAAGAACAGCCUCAAGUUGAACAAAUUGAAUUAUACGUACCACAGGAAGAGUUUGAGAUGAAGCUGCCAGAAUCUUCUUCGGCGACCAUAGACAGCGAGCAAGAUGAAGAGGUGUUCAGAUCGACCACCGAAAUAAACAAGGAAGUUGGGACGGCCAUGUUGGACUUCAGUACCUCCAGGGAAGGCGAUGACGUCAAAGGAAGCACAUCAUCGUUGCUAAGCGAUGAGUGGCAGCCGAGAAGAAGUGAGAGAAUUUUUAUCAACAGCAGCGUGACUACCAACUCUUGUUCCAGUCCUUUGUCGCCCGUUGGAAAAGGAAGCGAGUUUUCUUAUACGAAGAAGGUGAAGAAAACAUCUUUAUCAAAAGGAAAAACCAGCCGAUCGGGAUCUCAGGGCGAGGAGGAACUAGGAGAGAACGACGUCACACAAAAAUCGAAGACCAAAACGAAAAAGAAGAAAGGACCUGGGAAAGGAAAGAAAAAGAGUUCUUCAAUAACAGCCGACUUUGAAGAUUACGAACCUCUGAAAGUACCCAGGAGAGCGCGCUCCAAGGCGAGGCAAACGUUUGAUUUCGAUGACGCUGACGAGGAAGAAGGCGAAGAUCUUCCAGAAGACGAGGAAGCCCAAGAGGAAGGUGAAACGGAUGUGGAGAUCAACGUGAUUGACAAGGUGCCAACAGAAGAGAAAGCUGAAAGUCCGCAGGUUGCUCAUGUCGAAAACGCGGAGGACGGGAAGCCAGAAGUGGAAGUCGAGAGGAUGGAAACGGACAAGAACAACGAUGAGGAAUUAGAUGUGGAGAUGAAAGAAGACCAAGUGGCUAAGGAGGAGAAUUCUCCAAUGGAAAGUAAACAUGGCGAAGUUGUCCUCAAGAGCGAAGAGAAAAAUGGUAUAGAGGAAACUGUCAAGGAUAAUGAAAGGAAGGAACAGGAGGAAACUGCUCCUCUCGAACGGCCCGUAUUACCAGUUGACGAGCGUUUCACGUUUGUGGUCGACGAAUUAGUAGAAGGGACAAAAUUGUUACUUCCUGUGGACUUUGUGUUCUAUCCUGGACGCAUUAGUACAUUCAAUGAACCUGACUUAUUCGGAGUGAUACUUGAUGGUGAAAGAGGUAGAAGACCUCACUGGAAAUCAACAGAACAACUCCUUACAGAGGCGGUCAAGGACAUUCAACCACCCGGGCCUGAGUUUCUUUCCAUUGGCACCCGAGUGUGUGCACACUGGAGUCCGCAGUACCGCUGCUUCUAUCCUGGAAAUGUCACCGAAGCUCCACCGGAUGAGAAGGAAGUGGAUGGAAAAAUCUGGAUUGAAUUCGACGAUGGCGACAGUGGUUUCUUUCAGUUGGAUGAAAUUAAAAGGAUACGUCCUGAUUUUCCUGUUGAAGAAGUGGAUCCCACUCCCCCUCUGCCAGAGAAGAGGCCUCGGUCCAGUUCCCUGGGAGCAGCUCAGGCCAUGGCAUUAAAGGAUGCGUCUUCCAGAAGACUGAAAGCUGAAGAGAAUACUUCUGAGUUUUCAUCCGGGAACGAAAGUUCGGGUGAGGUGUAUGCGAAGCGACGGAGAUUGAGAGGAAAAAGGAAAAGUAAAGAUGACUCGUGGCUUGUUUCUAAACGUUCAGAAAACAAUGCUAUCGCCAAGGACAGUGGUGCAACUCGAGGUAGCUCGUUUAGAGGGAAAGUGAAAGUUCUCGAAAAGUCUGACUCUGAGAUCGUUGGAUCUGCUUCAAAAGUGAAAGAUAACAACCAAAGUGGAGGCGACUCUAAAGAGGGUAAAGUUGCGGAUGCAUUAAAACAGAAGGUAAACAGAACGCGCGGGAAAACAGAAACGAAAGUAGAGAGUAAGGAAGCGGCCAAAACUGCGGAGAGCUCUAAAAACGACUUAGCAAGCGUUGCCUCCGCGGAACUGAAGGAAUCAGAAAAAAAGAUACACUCGAGCCACUCUUCUCUCAAAGCGGAUGGAUAUGAGAAUAACACCAAACAAUCAGCUGAUAAAGUGGCAGAUAACACAGCGGAGUCUUCUGACCAAGGGGAGGACAGCGAAGCUGUAUCGGAUGCAGACACUUCCAAACAAGAAAAGGGAUCUCGCGCUGGAGCUAAAAGCUCCUCAAGGACCUCUGAAAUGGACCUCAGAAAGAGGUCCCUUAAUUUGAGCCUCAACAGCUCGUUUCGCUCUUCACGCACCGAAGGAGAAAGCCCGACGCGUGAUGCUCCGUUCACUUCACAAGACGAGGAUAGUGAAUCUUACAGCGACACGUUUGAUGAGAGUCCCCUUGUAGAGAACAAACCUUUUCAGCCUCGGCUUGGGAGACGGCGUCGUUCGGAAUUGGAUCGUCUGCACGUAGAUAUGAAAUUUUCAGGGCCUUUGUGGCAGUGGUCCGGAAGAAGUUCCCAGAACAAAAGAAAAGGAAAAGGAAAGAAGACCUUCUACAAGGCUAUUGUGAGAGGAGACGAAACGAUUUGUGUAAAUGAUUGUGCGGUUUUCAUGUCCAACCCAACCAAGAAUCUCAAUCUCCCGUAUGUUGGCAAAAUCGAAAGCAUGUGGGAGGGGUGCGGCGGGAACAUGGUUGUUAGAGUCAAGUGGUUUUAUCAUCCUGAGGAAACGAAACCAGGCAGGAGACCUACUGAUGGCAAACAAUCUUUGUACCGCUCGACCCAUGUGGAUGAAAAUGACGUACAGACGAUCUCACACAGAUGUGAAGUGCUCACUCCUGAAGAAUUCAAAAGACGGUCUCAAAGCCUCGAUACGCCCGGUACCAGGACUUCUCUGUCAGAUCGCGUGUUCUGCUGUAUCGGCAGCUACGAUCCAAACAGCGAGACAUUGCAGACGGAACUGUGAUGUACGUUGCACAAUACAGUGUGACGUUUGCCUAAAACUGUGGUGUCUGGAGUCUAGCGGAACGCCGCGUGCGUUGUGUUUUCCGCGCGAUGUUAUCUUUCGUUUGUGUUCGGCAUGAAAUUAAUAUGCUGCUAUUGGUUGCCGUUCUGGUUGUUGUUAGCCGAUCAGAGGUGCUCCGAAUUCUCGUGAGGUAAAAAGACCAAACCAAGUUGUUAUUUGAUGAAAAACUGGCAGUAAAGUUAGGGAACAAAUCAUCACUUCUCUAUCCAAGUGGUGGCAAUUGUUCUGUCUUCGGUAGGGCCAUAGUUUCCACAGGUUAAAAAUCAUUCAAAUGAGGACUAGAGAAUGAUAAGCUGUUACUGACAGUAAUAUUGGAUCUACAUUAAAAUCGAACUUCUCAGGCGAGGAAAAGAGGAGAGUGUGAUAAUUACCUCGGUUACCCCUUUUUAACUGAUCCUCCCUUGUGUGCAGCAGUCUUACGCAGACUUGAACGACGAGACUGCUGAUGAUGUUCAUCAGUCUAAGGUGGUGUUCUAUUUCCUUGUGGUAAUCACGUCGAGAUGUCUUCCUUGUACAAGCUAUGAUAGAACGAUAUAAUCACGGGGCAUAACUCCCUUCACUUGAUCCUCUAUCUCCGUUAAUGCGGGCAGUCUUUCCAGCCUUAAAAUUUUAAAGUGCAUGAAAUUUUUGCGAGGAAAUCGCGCUUGUUUCCUCACGUGUGGUUCUUAGGGAAGUACGCGAAAUUCGUGUUGCACCAUUCCACUUAGGCAAUUUUAUCUUUCGUUCGCGCUUUCUUCCUAUUUCGUAUUAGCUUUUAAUCUUGCUUAUUCCCCGAUACGUACUCAAACGCAGACGAAAUGACUGAGAAUUCUCCUCUCUUCUCCUGGAGAUUUAAAAUCAUAUUGUGUGCAAAAAAGUAUCUAAAAUAUUUUUUAUAUAGAAGUUGUGGAGAUAGCAGCCAGCUGGCUAGUAAUGUUGAAUUUUGUAACGUAGGUUGACUGUAAGAAAAUAGUUCAUGUUUGUAAAUAUGUGUAUAGUCCUCUUCUUAAGAUAUACUUUUGUAACAUAACUCAGUCCCAUGCUCUCUUGGUCAAAUCUCUCGUUUAUAUUAUACAGAGAAAAUAUAGUGAAUAUUUAGUUUUAGAAUGAGAAAUAAAGUUUUAGAUUUUCUA